UGAGCCACCAGUUCACGUCCGCGGGAGACUUCACCGUGUUUGCAGAGUGCACGACCAGCGAGUGGCAUGUGACCGCCCAGAAGCUGGUGACCCUGCGAGACACGAUGGAGCAGCUCAGUGUCACUGGCUGCCCCGGCCUGUCCAGGUCAGGAGCUGGCGUCCUCUGCAGGGCUGUCCUCGGGGACCCUCUGUGGAUCCAGGUGGAGCUCGGUGCAGGAACGGGCGUGAUUUACACUGUGCUCCUGGGUAACACAACCCUGGCUGAGUCCACUGCCCAGCAGGGCUCGCUGCCCUACAACCUGACCCUGGACAGAGACAUCCAGGACCUGCUGGGCCCGGGGAAGCACCUCCUGGAGAUCCUCGCACGAAGCGACAGCCCCACCUCUGUGCCCUCCGGGAACCUCACGCUCCAGCUCCAGCUCGUGGAGCUGCUCUCAGGGCUGCAGGCCUCCUGGGUUUCCACGCGAGUGGGGCUUGGCCAGGACCUGAUGAUCAAUGUCUCUGUGGCUCACGGCACCCUGGAGGGGCUGACCUUUGAGGUGACCGGUCUCAGCGCCAACUUCUCCCAGGAAGAAGAGAGCUUCGGAGAGCCAUCUGGAACUUACCGGGUGAUAGUUCCUGUGGAAGGUCUCCGAGAGCCUUCUGGAACAGAUGCUGAAGACACGAAUGGCGACGGGGGCAGCACAGAGCUGUACGUGGAGCCCGGUCUGUACGUGGAUCCUUUCACGACCCUCACGCUGGGCUGGCCCGAGGCCCACAGGGACUUAGGCUUCCGCUGGUCCUGCGGGCGCUGCUGGGCUCAGUGGGGCCGCUGCGUGCAGAGGCGGCUUCUCCGCACAGACCAGAGGGAGCUGGUGGUCCCGCCGUCCUGCCUGCCGCCGCCGGACUCUGCUGUCACCCUGCGGCUGGCCGUCCUGAGGGGCCGGGAGCUGCAGAGCGAGGUGGAGCGCUGCCUCUACGUGUCCGCCCUGCUGGACCUCAGGCCUCGGGUCAGCUGUGAGCAGAACUGCCGGCCUGUGAAUUCCGACGACGAUGUUCUCCUCAGAGUCACCCUGCAAGGCGACGCCCUGGAGGCCCUGUUCAGCUGGUACUUAGACAGCCCCUCUGCGGAGCAGGCCGAGCCGCUCCCGGACGCCUGCAGGCUCCCGGGGUUCUGGCCGAGGUCCCCGGCCCUGCUGCAGAGCGACACCUCCACACUGAGGCUGGUCAGCAGCUCCCUGCGUUCCUGGGGACCAGUCAUCCGGGUCCGAGCCACGGCACUGACCGAGCACGCCUACGGGGAGGACACCUACGUGAUCAGCACGCUGCCACCCCCCGUGGUGCCUGCCUGCACCAUCGUCCCAGAGCAGGGCACCGUUCUGACGAGCUUCGCCAUUCUCUGCAAUGCCUCUGUGUCCCUGGGCCCCCUGGAGUUCUGUUUCUGCCUGGAAUCAGGUUCCUGCCUGCACUGCGGCCCUGAGCCGGCCCUCCCGUCUGUGUAUCUGCCACUUGGAAAAGAAAUCGAUGACUUUGUGGUGACAGUGGUCGUUUCUGUCACCAAUCAAGCAGGGGACAAACAGCAGACCCAAGCAACGGUCAAGGUGGGACUUGGUGACACCCGUGUCAAGGACGUGGCGUUCCAGGCUGUGGUGCAGGAGAAAAUCACUGCCACCCUGCAGGGCCCUGAUGGCCCGGAGCGGCUUCUCCAGCUGGCCAAGUCUGUGUCCUCCGUGCUGACCCUGGCGCAGGGCUCCGGGCCACUGCUGAAGAUGGACACCGGGCGGACAGUUAGAGAGCACGUGCUGGGCUCGCUGUCUGAGGUCACCACCGGCCUGCGGGACAUGCAGAGGGUGCAGCAGCUGGCCGAGGUGCUGAAGGACCUGACCCAGCACCGCGAGCUUGUGCCCACGGCUCAGGCCAGCCAAGCUCUGUACCUCGCCAGCAAGGCCCUGCUGACAGCGAGUGCCACCGCCCGUCCUGAGGACCAGAGGCGCCAGGCGGCCACCAGGGACCUGUUUGCAGCCAUGGGAAGUGCACUGGAUGCAUCCCUGAGCCACGGCCCAGAGGACCCUGGCGAGACCAACGCCAGCCAGGCAGCCCCUGUGGCCCAGCUGCUCAGGGUGGCAGAGCACCUGCAGACCGCCCUCCUGCUGGGCACGCUGCCUGGGGGACUUCCGUCCACCCUGGCCACCCCCUCCAUCUCCGUGUACACAAACAGGAUACAGCCGUGGAAGUGGCGAGGGGCCUCCUUGCACGUGGCCGCUGCUAACUCGGCGGCCUUCACCCUGCCUGCCGGAACCCUCCGUUCUGCGCAGCACGCACAGGAGCCGGUGGACAUCAGGAUGAUGAGCUUCCCGCAGAGCCCCUUCCGGGCCAGCAGCGGCCGCACUGUCAGCGGAACCGUGGGCAGCCUGUGUCUGAGCGGCCCCAGUGGACACCCCAUCCCCGUGAGGAACCUGUCCGAGAAGGUGGAGAUCCUGCUGCCCCGGCCUCCGGAAGGACACAGCGCUCCGACCCUGCUGAACCUGACCCGGGCUGAGGUGCUGCAGGUGAACGUGACCUCUCCAGGGUCGGCUCUGGGGGUCCAGCUGCACGGGGGCCCUGGCGUCCCACUCAGGCUCAGCCUGGGCUACGGAUACCACCCCAACGCCACCAGCUACGACGCCCAAACCCGCCUGCCACCAGCGGCGGCUCCAGAUGAGCCGGCCACGUGGAUCCUGGGCCCCGAGGAGCUGCCCGCUGGGGAAGGCACCUACUACCUAAGUGUGGUCCCUGAGUCCGACCUGGAACUGUCCCCUGGGGAGGACCUCACCAUUGGCGUCACCACCUUCCUGUCCCACUGCAUGUUCUGGGACGAGGUCCGGGAGAUUUGGGAUGACGCCGGGUGCCAGGUGGGGCCGAGGACCACGCGCUCCUGGGCUCACUGCCUCUGCAGCCACCUCACCUUCUUCGGGAGCAGCUUCCUGGUGAUGCCCAACGUGGUCAACGUCCGGCAGACGGCAGAGCUCUUUGCCACCUUCGAGGACAACCCCGUGGUGGUGGGCACCGUGGGCGGCCUGUGCGUGCUCUACGUGCUGGCAGUGAUCUGGGCGAGGAGGAAGGACGUGCAGGACCGGGCUAAGGCGAAGAUCACAGUGCUGGAGGACAACGACCCCUUGGCCCAGUACCACUACCUGGUGACCGUCUACACCGGACACCGGCGAGGGGCGGCCACGUCCUCAAAGGUGACCAUCACCCUGCAUGGCCUGGACGGAGACAGCGAGCCGCACCACCUGGCAGACCCUGCAUCCCCCCGGCUGGAGCGCGGAGGCGUGGAUGUCUUCCUGCUGUCCACCCUGUCCCCCCUGGGGGAGCUGCGGAGCCUCCGGCUGUGGCAUGACAACUCAGGGGACCGGCCAUCCUGGUAUGUGAGCCGGGUGCUGGUCCACGACCUGGCCACGGGCCAGAAGUGGUAUUUCCUCUGCAACUCGUGGCUGUCCAUCGACGUGGGAGACUGUGUCCUCGACAAGGUGUUUCCGGUGGCCACGGAGCAGGACAGGAAGCAGUUCAGCCACCUGUUCUUCCUGAGGACGUCCGCAGGCUUCCAGGAAGGCCACCUCUGGUACUCUGUCUUCAGCAGCUCAGCGAGGAGCCGCUUCACGCGGGUGCAGCGGGUGUCCUGCUGCUUCUCCAUGCUGCUCUGCACCAUGCUGACCAGCAUCAUGUUCUGGGGCGUCCCCAAGGACCCCGCGGAGCAGAAGAUGGACUUGGGAGACAUCGAGUUCACCUGGCAGGAGGUGAUGAUCGGGCUGGAGAGCUCCCUGCUCAUGUUCCCCAUCAACCUCCUGAUCGUGCAGCUCUUCCGCCACGCCCGGCCUCGGGGCGCCAAGGAGCAGGACGCUGGGAGCCCCGGCCCGGCCCCAGCCCCGCGGCCCCUGGACGGUGGCCCCGUCACACCUGAAGCCGUGACCAAGGACACACAGCAACUGGUCAGCUUGCUGUGUGGAGCCCUGAGGCUGCCGGCGCCAGCCUUGGGCGGGGACUCUCUGAGCUUGAUGGACAUCAAUGCACUGCUGGCCUUGGCGGAAGACAUCCUUCACCCUCAGAACCCAGCAGCAGCACGGGGACACCGGGAGGAAGCCGGGGGGACAGCGGACACUUUGGCUGUUGCCCUCGGGCCUGCGCCGGUCACAGAGAGGACCCAGUGCCCCGGGCCUGAGGCAGCCUGGAUGGACCUCUGGAAGGACGCCGCCCGCAGGCAGUAUCUCUAUGGCCAGCUGGAGCACUUGGAGCGGGAGCUGCAGCUGCUGGGACCCCGCGGCUUCCCACAGCAACAAGACCAUGCCAGGGCACUCGGGCAGCUGCGGACCCUAAAAGGCCACCUGGGGGUGGCCGCCCCUGCCCGUGCCAGGGCUCCCCGCGCCAGUGUGCCCCUGCGCGGCCUGCCCUGGUGGUGCGCCCUGGUGGCCUGGCUCCUGGUGGCGGUCACCAGCGGCACGGCCGCCUUCUUCACCAUGCUUUAUGGCCUGCACUAUGGGCGCGCCAGCUCCCUGCGGUGGCUGCUGUCCAUGGCCGUGUCCUUGGUGGAGAGUGUGUUCGUCACCCAGCCCCUCAAGGUGCUGGGCUUCGCCGCUUUCUUUGCGAUGGUCUUGAAGAGAGCAGAUGAUGAGGACGAGGAGAUGGAGCUGCCCCUGCCGGGACACCUGUCUGGCCCAGGUCCCUGUGCCGUCUUCAGGGCUCGGAGACACAGCCGCAGGGGCGUCUACCAGCCACCUCCACCUGCCGCCAUCGAGCAGAUGAAAGCCGCCAGGCUGAAGGAGCAGAAGGCGCUGGCCCUCAUCUCGGAAAUCCUGGUGUACUUGGGUUUCCUGUGGAUGCUGCUGCUGGCGGCCUACAACCAGAGGGACCCCAGCGCCUUCCACCUCACCAGGCACCUGGAGCGCAGCUUCGCCAGAGGCUUUGCCGACCCGCUGGGCUUCCCAGAGUUCUUCGAGUGGGCCAACAGCACCCUCCUGAGCAACCUGUACGGCCCACACCCAGGCUUCGUCACAGAUGGGAACUCCAAGCUGGUUGGCAGUGCCCACAUUCGCCAGGUGAGGGUCCGGGACGGCUCCUGCCUGCUGGCCCCACAGCUUCGAGCCUCCCUGAGUGGAUGCCGCGCGCCAUACUCGCUGGACCAGGAAGACCGGGCGGACUACGGGGAAGACUGGAACGCCUCUGCCCCCGACAGCGGUGACCACUUUCCCCUGGCCUGGCGCUACCAGAGCCAGAGCCAGCUUCGAGGGUACCCGACGUGGGGCAGGCUCGCUCUGUACCCCGGAGGGGGCUACGUGGUCCCUUUGGGGACUGAGCGCCAGAGUGCGUCCAGAGUUCUCCAGUAUCUCUUUAACCACGCCUGGCUGGACACCCGGACCAGGGCCGUGUUCGUGGAGUUCACCGUCUACAACGCCAACGUCAACCUCUUCUGUGUGGUCACACUCACGCUGGAGACCAGCGGCCUGGGAACCUUCUCCACCCACGCGGCCCUGCACAGCCUCCGCCUGCUCCUGCUCCCCGACGGCUGGCACCCCUUCGUGGUGGCAGCCGAGCUCCUGUACUUCGUCUUCCUCUUCUACUACAUGGUGGUGCAGGGCCAGCGUGUGCGGAGGCAGAAGUGGCGCUAUUUCCGCAGCAAGUGGAACCUGCUGGAACUGGCCAUCAUCCUGGCCAGCUGGAGCGCCCUGGCGGUGUUUGUGAAGAGGGCUGUCCUGGCGGAGCGGGACCUCCAGCGCUAUCGGAAGCACAGGGCAGACGGGGUCAGUUUCAGUGAGACAGCAGCGGCUGACGCUGCCCUCGGAUACAUCAUUGCCUUCCUGGUGCUCCUGUCCACCGUGAAGCUCUGGCAUCUGCUCAGGCUGAACCCCAAAAUGAACACGAUCACGUCGGCCCUGCGCCGAGCCUGGGGUGACAUUUCGGGCUUCCUCAUCGUCAUCCUGAUCAUGCUCCUGGCUUAUUCUAUCACAUCAAACCUACUAUUUGGUUGGAAACUCCGUUCCUACAAAACCCUCUUGGAUGCACUGGAAACGAUGAUCAGCCUGCAGCUAGGAAUCUUCAACUAUGAGGAGGUCCUGGACUCCAGCCCAGUGCUUGGCUCCUUCCUAAUUGGAUCAUGUGUCAUUUUUAUGACCUUUGUGGUGCUGAAUCUGUUUGUCUCUGUCAUCCUGGUGGCCUUCAGUGAGGAGCAAAAAUGUGAUCAGGCUCUUGCUAAAUUCCCCAGGCUGGUCUCAAACUUGUGAUCCUCCUGCCUCAGCCGCCCAAAGUGUGGAGACAGGCGUGUGUCACCACAAUGGACACAAGCUGAGAUUUUUUUUAAAUGUUGCCCACCUAACUCAAGCAUGCUUGACAGAGAGAGAGAGGGAGCCUGCACCCCCAGGACCCCAGAAGGAUGUAGUUUUGAGAGCCUGUUUGUUCAUGUG